GUCUUAUAUCGUGUAAAUACAGGUUAACUAUUGAGUCAUCGGCGUAAUCGUCGAUCGCUGUUUUGUAAGUUAUAAAAUAGCUUCGACAUACUGCGAUUCAGUCAGAAAUGGCAGGCUGAACGAUCGAUAGCUUUAGUAGCAGAGAAGUCGCGUAAAGAACUCGACGAGCAAAGGCUGUUAAUUUAACUUUACGCAACAAGUACAACGCACACGAGAUCUGUAUAGUGCCAAUAUGACAUAUUUACAAUCAAUUUGGGAGGUAAUUGGUUUCUUGUUAUUGUCGACUUUUGCAAUAUUAGAUAGCAUCAUCAGGUCACUCAUUCCCAAGAAGUAUAAAAUGAAGAAUAUAGAUGGCGAAAUUGUCCUCGUGACAGGGGGAGGUGGAGGAUUAGGGAGGCUUCUCUCCCUCAGGCUGGCCAACUUAGGCGCCAUUGUCAUUAUUUGGGAUAUAAACGAGAAUGGUAUCGAGGAAACUGUUAAACUUGUUCGUGCGGCCGGAGGUACGUGUUAUGGCUAUGUUUGCGACUUAUGUGAUCGGACAGAUGUAUAUAAAAAGGCCAAAAUUAUUAAGGAAGAAAUUGGCAAGGUAACGGUUCUUAUCAAUAAUGCGGGUAUCGUCACGGGAAUGAAAUUUUUGGACACUCCAGACGAACUUAUUAUCAAGACAAUGGACGUUAAUAUCAUGAGCCACUUUUGGACUGUGAAAGCUUUUCUUCCAACGAUGUUGGAGAAUAAUAAAGGACACAUCGUGAGCGUAGCCAGUUUAGCCGGUCAAUGCGGGAUUCCAAAAUUGGUAGAUUAUUGCGCAUCCAAAUUUGCGGCAAUGGGAUUUGAUGAAGCUCUUCGAAUGGAACUUGAGUACGAAGGAUACAAUAUCAACACAACAGUUGUAUGUCCUUAUUUUAUUCGCAGUACCGGCAUGUUUGAUGACGUUCAAUCAAGAUACAUCCCGACUCUAAGUCCAAAUGCUGUAGCCGAUAGAAUAAUAUUGGCGAUGAGGUGUAACGAAAAGUAUGCUAUAAUUCCAGGCUACUUACAAAUAUUGCUUACUUUAAAAUGGAUAUUUCCAUGGCCAUGUGUCGCGAUGUUUCUUCGUGGAUUAGUAAGAGACGUUUCGCCAAGCUGUGAAAAUAGCAAAUCAUAUACAAUUGCAGCCACAACAGUCACGGAAAAGGAAUGUAUCAUAUCGUCAUCAAAGGAUCAGAACGGCGCUGCCAUCCAUCAACAAUUGGCUAGACGUAUCUCUAGUCCCGAAAGAAAACCUUGAACUUUUCUUACUUUGUUUCGAUUUUAAUAUCGAUCAAGAAUGUUAAAAUUUUGUUA